UGUGAUAUGACAUCAGGAGGGAGGGAGGUCCAUGCAGCUCUGGAGUUCCUCCCUCCUCCCCCCCCUGCGGUGUCUCAGCCACUCCUCUCCCUUCCUCUUGCUGCUUGUCAAAGCAAAAGUGAAAGCAGUCUUACUGAGGGAGCAGAAUCCAUUCGUCUGUGUGUUUGAGACGAAAAUGCCAGAAACCGCAUCAACUAAUUACCGGUCCUUUCAGUAAGUAAGCGUCCUGUGAAGCGCCGCGUGACAGCAUGACUCGGAUAAACUCUGAAGGUUAUAGGCCUCUGAGGAACGAUGAUGACCAGCCGCAGAGAGUGUCGGGGAAGACCUUCUUCGUUCACCUAGCGGGAAAAACCAACGGCGCUCAUGGAGACUUUGUCAGGUAUCUGACAUCCAACGGCAAAGUCGAGGUGGACUCCUACGCAGCGAGCGACUUCCUGGUGGUCUUCUGUCCCGUGGUUUCACGAGUCGGAACGGACAUCGAAGCGGCCCUGAGCGACAACUCGGUGCUGACGGAUGGCAAACCGACGCUUCUGGUGGUGAUGCAUCACACGUUCGAUCCCAACCACGUGGUGGCGGAGAGCAGGAGGCAGGUGAGCGACCCCAGGGUGUGGCUCACCGUGGACUGCCUGUUCCACCAGGGCAAACUCUUGCAGCAUUGCCCCCUCAACGACGCCAUGCGGGUGCAGGUCGGAAACUUCCUGGAGUUUUCUUUCUGUUCCAAGAUACCCCCCAAAUGGUACUUGGUGGGAGCAGUAGUUGGUGUUGUCGUGGUGGUGUUGGUGGUUUCGGUGAUCGUACCAUUGAUUUAUACAUGGAACAAGAAUAAUCAGAAUCAGACCGCCUAUGACAUGGGGAUGAAUUAGUCUCUCACCGAUAACAGAAGCACGCAUUCAAUGGUAUUACUGGGUUUUGGCUAAAGCGUUUGAUCAAGAAUAUUUUAUCUGAGGCAACAAUACCGGGGAAAAUGAAGCAAGAAUAAUGCAUGUAAAGAUACACAAGUAGCUAGAUGAGAAAAAGAUGGAAGUAAAGAGUCAUCAUUACAAAUCAGCCCACGACACAAUCGAAAAGUCUGCAACUUGAAAGAUUUUUUUGGGUUGUAUUCAUUCCAAACCGGUUUUAACUUAAUUAUUUGGUGUCAAACCGUGAUUUUUGUGUUGCAUGUUCAUGUUUAAACGUGUCUCGUAGAGUAGUGUGUCAUCAAAUGUCAUGUUUCAGAGUUAAAACUUGCUGUGAAUGAAUGAAUCAUCUGCUGCUUUGUACCAUCAAAGAUGAAGAUUAUGUGUUGUUCCUUUAAUGAAGAAUAAAUAAAGUGGUUGCAUUA